GCGUAAUUAGGGACGUGUGAAUAUCUAAUCUGUUCUGACCCCUCUUCUCCCUUUGUCUAAGAUUUCUGGUUUAAAAAUGGGUGGAGCAACCUUCGAUUUCUCCAAAGUUCCUCCACCGCGCAUCCGUAAAGUCCAGCUUUCACCAAAUGCCAUGUGGAUCGAAAUGGCAAUCCUGCGAGUUGAACCCAAGGCUCGCCGAAGAACUUAUCUAAUGGAGGACUCUUCUGAGGUGCCAGUAAAAUGUAGUCUUUAGGAUCACAGCUUCCUGACGUUUGGAGGGACUCGGGGCCCAAGAGCCCUAUGAUAACUUGAGGGAGAUUCUUCAAAAUGUGGCCAAGUUGCAAGGAGUAUCAAAUAUGAGAAAGCUGGGCCACCUGAAUAAUUUUACUAAGCUUCUGUGUAACAUUGGUCACAGUGAAGAAAAACUAGGUUUCAACUAUGAAGAUAUCAUAAUAUGUCUGCGGUUGGCUUUAUUGAAUGAAGCGAAAGAAGUGCGAGCAGCCGGGCUGCGAGCCCUUCGCUAUCUCAUCAGAGACUCCAGUAUUCUGCAGAAGGUGCUAAAAUUAAAAGUGGAUUAUUUGAUAGCCAGGUGCAUCGAUAUACAGCAGAGCAAUGAGGUAGAGCGGACGCAGGCACUUCGAUUAGUCAGAAAGAUGAUUACUGUGAAUGCUUCCCUAUUUCCUAGCUCUGUAACUAAUUCUUUGAUAGCAGUCGGAAAUGACGGUCUUCAAGAAAGAGACAGGAUGGUCCGAGCCUGCAUUGCUAUUAUCUGUGAAUUAGCACUUCAGAAUCCAGAAGUGGUGGCUCUUCGAGGUGGGCUUAGUACCAUCUUGAAAAACGUAAUUGAUUGCCAGUUGAGUCGAAUAAAUGAGGCCCUUAUCACCACAGUUUUACACCUCCUUAAUCACCCAAAGACCAGGCAAUAUGUGCGAGCGGAUGUAGAAUUAGAGCGAAUUUUAGCACCGUAUACAGAUUUUCACUACAGACAUAAUCCAGAUACGGCGGAGGGGCAGCUAAAAGAAGACAGAGAAGCACGAUUCCUAGCUAGUAAAAUGGGAAUAGUGGCAACCUUCCGUUCAUGGGCCGGUAUUAUUAGUUUAUGUAAGCCUGGGAACUCUGGGAUCCAGUCUUUAAUUGGGGUACUUUGCAUACCAAAUAUGGAAAUUCGGCGAGGUCUACUUGAGGUUCUUUAUGAUAUAUUUCGUCUCCCUCUCCCUGUCGUGACGGAAGAAUUCAUAGAAGCGCUACUCAGCGUUGAUCCAAGUCGAUUUCAAGACUGUUGGCGGCUCUCAGAUGGCUUUGUUGCAGCUGAAGCUAAAACAAUUCUUCCCCAUCGAGCCAGAUCCAGACCGGACCUCAUGGAUAAUUAUUUGGCUCUAGUACUAUCAGCUUUCAUUACUAAUGGACUUUUAGAAGGUUUGGUGGAAGUAAUAACAAGUAGUGAUGACCAUGUCUCUGUCAGGGCUACAAUCCUACUGGGGGAGCUUUUACAUAUGGCAAACACAAUCCUUCCUCACUCACACAGCCAUCAUUUGCACUGCUUACCAACAUUAAUGAAUAUGGCAGCGUCUUUUGAUAUCCCAAAAGAGAAGAGACUACGCGCCAGUGCAGCACUGAACUGCUUAAAACGCUUCCAUGAGAUGAAGAAACGAGGACCUAAGCCUUUCAGUCUUCACUUAGAUCACAUUGUUCAGAAAGCAAUCGCCACACACCAAAAAAGGGAUCAGUACCUCCGAGUACAGAAAGAUAUUUUUAUCUUAAAGGAUACAGAGGAAGCUCUUGUGAUGAACCUUCGAGACAGCCAAGUCCUUCAACAUAAAGAGAAUCUUGAUUGGAAUUGGAAUCUCAUAGGGACCAUCCUUAAGUGGCCAAAUAUAAAUCUAAGAAACUAUAAGGAUGAGCAGUUGCACAGGUUUGUUCGGCGCCUGCUUUAUUUCUACAAGCCUAGCAGCAAAUUAUAUGCCAACCUGGAUCUAGAUUUUACAAAGUCCAAACAGCUCACGGUUGUCGGUUGCCAGUUUACAGAAUUUCUUCUUGAAUCUGAAGAGGAUGGGCAAGGAUACUUGGAAGACCUAGUAAAAGAUAUCGUUCAGUGGUUAAAUGCCUCCUCUGGAAUGAAACCCGAGCGUAGCCUUCAAAACAAUGGUUUACUGAGUACCCUUAGUCAGCACUACUUUCUGUUUAUUGGAACCCUCUCCUGUCAUCCUCAUGGAGUCAAAACGCUAGAAAAAUGCAAUGUUUUUCAGUGUCUUCUUAAUUUGUGUUCUUUGAAGAACCAAGAUCACUUGCUGAAACUGACAGUCUCUAGUUUGGACUACAGCAGAGAUGGCUUGGCCAGAGUCAUCCUUUCCAAAAUCCUGACCGCAGCUACUGACGUCUGCAGGCUAUAUGCCACGAAACACUUACGGGUGUUAUUGAGGGCCAAUGUGGAGUUCUUCAGUAACUGGGGCAUUGAGUUAUUGGUGACCCAGCUUCACGAUAAAAAUAAAACAAUCUCCUCAGAAGCGCUUGAUAUCCUAGAUGAGGCAUGUGAAGACAAGGCCAACCUUCAUGCUCUUAUUCAAAUGAAGCCAGCUCUUUCACAUCUUGGAGACAAAGGUCUUCUUCUGCUUCUCAGAUUUCUAUCCAUUCCGAAAGGCUUUUCCUAUUUAAAUGAAAGAGGAUAUGUAACAAAGCAAAUGGAAAAAUGGCAAAAGGAGUACAACUCAAAAUACGUUGAACUGAUCGAAGAGCAACUAAAUGAAGCACUUACAACCUAUCGCAAGCCCGUCGAUGGUGACAAUUACGUUCGUCGGAGUAAUCAAAGGUUACAGCGACCACAUGUCUACCUGCCUGUCCAUCUGUAUGGUCAACUGGUACACCACAAAACAGGCUGCCAUUUGUUGGAGGUCCAGAGUAUCGUCCCAGACCUCAGUUACACUGUUCGUUCCCCUAUGUUGGACAAGUGGGAAGGAAUUAAACAGCUGAAAGCAGCCCUUUGGGCCUUGGGAAAUAUUGGAUCAUCAAAUUGGGGUCUGAACCUGCUUCAAGAGGAGAAUGUAAUUCCUGAUAUAAUGGCACUAGCGCAGCAUUGUGAGGUUCUGUCGAUCAGAGGAACCUGUGUCUAUGUGCUUGGCCUGAUAGCCAAAACUAAGCAAGGCUGUGAUACCUUAAAAUAUCACAACUGGGAUGCUGUGCGACACAGUCGCAAACAACCGUGGCCAGUGGUCCCAGAUGAUGUGGAACAUCUCUGCAAUGAACUCUCGUCUAUUCCAAGCACUCUGAGUUUGAACUCUGAGUCCACCAGCUCUAGACAUAACAGUGAAAGUGAAUCUGCACCAUCAAGUAUGUUCAUCAUGGAGGACGACCGAUUUGGCAGCAGCUCCACUAGCACCUUCUUCCUCGAUAUCAGCGAGGACGCCGAGCAAACGUUUUACGACCGACCGGGCCCGAUAAAGGAUAAGAAUCCGUUCUUCUUUGCCCCCAGCAGACUAGUGAAGAAUCGGAUCUUAAAUUCCCUGACCUUGCCCAAUAAAAAACACCGCAGCAGCAGCGAUCCGAAAGGAGGCAAGCAUUCAUCCGAGAGUAAAUCGAGCGCGAGGCGAAACCGAACGGUCACGGAGCCGUCCAGUGGUACGGACUUCAAUCAUAGCGACGAGUUCAUCCCCAUAUCCAGAGUCCAGAAAAAACUAGGCUUAGAAACUUCUUUCGUGGGCAGCAGACAUACGGAGGACACCGGCAGCACCCCGAGUAUCGGAGAGAACGACUUAAAAUUCACCAGGAGUCUCGGUACGGAAAAUCACCGAGACAACGCCAGUCGAGAGAGGCUGGUGGUGGACGGCUCUACGAGUUCACAUAUGAAGAUUCGGAGCCAGAGCUUCAAUACGGAUACGACAACGAGCGGCAUCAGCUCCAUGAGCUCGAGUCCUUCCAGAGAGACGGUGGGUGUGGACAAUACGACGAUGGACACCGACUGCGGGAGUUUGAGCACCGUGGUGAGCACCAAGACGGUCAAAACAAGCCACUGUUCAACGCCCCAGUCGAACCACCUGCCCCUCUCCAAAUCCAACUCCGUAUCUCUGGUGCCGCCGGGUUCUUCUCACACCCUCCCCCGCAGGGCACAGUCCCUUAAAGCUCCCUCGGUCGCUACCAUUAAAAGCCUGGCGGAUUAUAACUUUAGUUAUACGAGUUCCAGGGAUGCCUUUGGCUACGCCACCCUGAAACGCCUACAGCAGCAGAGGAUGCAUCCCUCCCUGUCUCAUUCGGAAGCCCUGGCGUCCCCCGCGAAAGACGUCCUGUUCACGGACACCAUCACCAUGAAGACCGGCAGCCUCGACUCCAGACUCACACCCAGCAGGAUCGAUUUUAAAAAGAAGCAUGGCGGGGGGAUCAGGAGCUUAAGACCUACACUAACAAACAACCUUUUCAGGUUCAUGAAAGCUUUAAGUUAUGCCUCAUUAGAUAAAGAAGAUUUAUUAAGUCCAAUUAAUCAAAAUACACUGCAGCGCUCCUCUUCAGUUAGGUCCAUGGUAUCCAAUGCUACGUAUGGUAGCUCAGAUGAUUACAUUGGUCUUGCUCUCCCGGUGGACGUCAAUGAAAUAUUCCAGGUAAAGGAUACGCCUUAUUUUCAGAAGAAAACCAUGCCUCCUUGCGAAGAUCGUGCUGCAAAAGUAUUUGCACCUGAUGGAGGAGGUCUUCCCACCGGUGGUGGAGAGGUGAUCAAAAGCCCUUUUCAGAUGCUGCGACAACAGAUCAGCCUCACGGAAAUAAUGAACACAAGCCGUUCAGAUGCUUCUCAGUUUCUAGAAAACACAGAAGAUACGGGACUACAGGAGCAUACAGACGAUAACUGCCUCUAUUGUGUCUGUAUCCAGAUCCUGGGUUACCAGCACAAUAACCAGGCCAACUCGGCAUUUAGUCAUACAGACUUCCCAGACAUUCCGUAUUCCGAUUGGUGUGGGCAGACCAUCCACAAUCACUUAGAUGUGGUGUCUUCUAAGUUUUCUGGGAUUUCGGGCUGCAGUGAUGCGGUAUCCCAGGGUUCAGCUAGUAGCACCAAGAGCACAGAGCUGGUACUAGGAGUCAAAUCAAUCCCGGAUGAUACACCGGUGUGCCGUAUACUUCUACGAAAAGAGGUCUUACGAUUGGUCAUCAAUUUGAGUAGUUCAGUAGGAACGAAAGGUCAUGAAACUGGGCUUUUGACAAUUAAAGAGAAGUUUCCUCAGGCGUUCGAUGACAUCUGCCUUUACUCCGAGGUUUCCUAUCUGCUCUCUCACUGCACGUUUCGACUACCGUCUCGGAGGUUCAUUCAGGAAUUAUUUCAAGAUGUACAGUUUUUACAGAUGCAUGAAGAAGCAGAAGCUGUGUUAGCGAUACCACCAAAGCAACCUACAACUUAUACGUCAGCAGAAUCCUGACCUCAAGUUCCUGCAGUAAACGGACUUGCCACGAGCCUCAGGAUACUUCCGAUCGACUGGACAGCCAUGACAGGAGCAUCUUCUGCGGCCUGUUCAGCAGUCACUGGUACACGAGCGACGUAUUGCGGACUUCCUCUCCCCUCCCUGCCGCGCUCCGGCUCCUCCUCCCCCAGAGCCCCCAUCAACAGAAACGAUGUCUCCCGCCUCUCACUCUUGGGAGCCCUCUGGGGAGUCAUUCAUUUUUCAUGACCACGGUUUCCUUCAUCCUAUCUACCAACGUAUGCAAGAGCCAAGCACUGAAUCCCCGAAGAGGUUUCCUUUUCUUUCCCUGCAGUUUAAGAGCAAAGUGAAAGCCGGACAUUCUAGGAGAAUACGUAGCCACACCCGCCCUUCGACCAGUCGCUUCUGAAUUGGUUUGAGGGUAAACAGAAAGAUGGCACCCCGUCGGCUGAUCCCAGCGACCCGAACCCACGUUCCCGUUGCCAGCGACGGGAUGUACUGGAAUGGCUCGUCGUCGGGGUCGACGUGGGCCCUUCCCCGUUUUUCUUAAUGUAUGCAACACUACUUGAGAGGUUCGUAACCUCAAACUGAAGAAGAGUCUCGUGACCUGGACUUUAUUAUCCUAAGUUAUUUUUUUUAUUAUUAUUAUUAUUACUACAGUGGCAAGAGAGUUCUUUUUUUAUUUUUUUUCUGAACUAAUUAAGGUUUUUCACUACAGUUUCUGACACAAAAUCAGCUCAUUAUUUUAGUUCCACUGAAAUUGGAUCAUUUGCCCUAAGCGGCAGGGUCCUGUCGUCUUUUUGAUACCUAACCGUUUCUCAUCGCACCCUCGUGCGUUCUUGAACGGGAAUUGGAACGGCACUAUACGUGGCGAAUCUAGACUGAAUGCAUGAGAAAGCUUUCUGCUUCUUGGGAAGAGAAGAAAGCAUUUGCCAAUCACAUCCACAUUCCACAGGAAUAGUUUAGCUCUCUGUUUCCGUAAAUAUCGCUUUUAAUUCCGAGAGGUAAUCGGUGAGACUUACUAUUAGGGGACAAAUUGUAGUGAAAAGCCUUAAGUACCAAAUUUGGAAACAGCAGUACUUUAAUUUUUAUACCAGUGUUCUUUGUGAGAUUAUUUGCACAAAUUAAAUGCAGUGACAGAUGA